AUGUAUUCUAUGAGGGCCAACUGUUUUGAGUUUCCAAAUUUUCAGAGAUCUGCCGAUUCAGAAAUGUCGUCAUCCAUCUGGAUGAAUCGUAUGGUUUCCGAACCGUACUAUUUGCUCCAUUUUCUGGUUUUCUUCUCCUACAUUCCUGUAAGGUGUUCCGCCGCCUGCCUCCUCUCUCCUCUCCGCUCAGCUCAUCUUCUUCACCGAGACCCCUCCGAGGCCCUCGAGAUUCGUUAUCAGGUUCGGCUCUACGAUGGGUCGGCUCCCCGACGGAGGCAGAGAUCUGCCGAUUCAGAAAUGUCGUCAUCCAACUGGAUGAAUCGUAUGGUUUCCGAACCGUACUAUUUGCUCCAUUUUCUGGUUUUCUUCUCCUACAUUCCUGUAAGGUGUUCCGCCGCCUGCCUCCUCUCUCCUCUCCGCUCAGCUCAUCUUCUUCACCGAGUGGUGAAAACAGAAUCAUGGGAGGCUUGUAUAGCCGAUACCUUAUUCUUCGCGAAGUUUUUCCUAGCAGCUAUUGCUCUGGUCAUGGAUUAUCACUUGGCUUUGUGGUAUGCCGUAGCAUUUGCCAGUAUUUUAUUCUUCGUUUUAUUUAAAAUAACUUAUCUAGGCACAACAAGUCACCUAACACCUCUCCAGUUGGAGACACUGCUUACUGAGGGGAACACAUCAAAAUUCUGGAUGGUCGAAUUUCGUUCUUUGUCUACAUCAAGUUGCAUAAGAUCAAGUUCUGUUUUACCUAAACUCUCAAUUACAUUCUCAAACAAAAAUUUAUCCUUCGCGGCAAUUGAUGUCGGACUCUUUCCAAAUGUUGCCGAGAAGUUUGGAAUCACCCUUGGAAAUCUGCACCAACUUCCGACUUAUAUGUUAUUCUGUGAUGGAGAUAUGGUCUUACGCUUACCUGAUAUUGAUUACGAAGCAAAGAUUUUUGAUUCGCCUGUGUCUAAGAGACUUUUGUGCCGACAUUUUGAGCUCGAUAAGCUGUUCCUCGAUUAUAUAAAUGCGAGGCGAAAGAGAAAAUCAGGUGAAAAAAUAAUGAAGACGGUCGCUAUAGACUACUUUGGGGAGGCAGAGGAGCAAAGCGGCGGCAUCACUGGCGAUGGACGUCGACGACGUCGACUCCUACUUGGAUUUGUUCGGAGAGGGCCCCGUCUUAGGCCUCCACCACCUCGCUGGAUCCUGAUUUCUUCACUUCUUUCCAGGACGAUUUUGAUGAUGAAGACAUCAACUGAUUGCGUGAUCUCAUCUUUCUGUCUUUUUGGUCCCAAGUUCAAUCGAUAG